CGAUCCUCCCUCCUCGGCCUCCCAGAGCGCUCGGACGACAGGCGUGAGCCUCCGCUCUUGACAGUUUCUGAGGCCCCUAAGACAGUGUGAGCAGCCUCCAUCCUCGGCCUCCACACCUGCCUUGGAGGCCGUUGGAAGGCAGCUGCGAGCACACACUGCACAUGCGCACAAACACGCGUGUGCACACACACGCUACACGCGUGCAAAGCAUCGUCACAUGCACAGAUGACACAUGUGGCUUCGACGCAAACCUCCCUUCCUCCCCUGCAGGAAGCGCACUGGGGUUGGGGACACCGUCAUUUUGCGGGGAAUUGGGGGACCCCGGCGGCUCCAGGGACACCCCCAAAUGUCCCUGGGGGGACGGGACCCCCGGCUGCACCCCAGCUGCAAGCAGAGGCCUGGUGACACCUUGCAGCCCCGCAAAAGUGGCGGGGACAAAACGGGGGUGACGUUGGCACCCCGGUUUGCAGCCUCGGAGGCUGCCUUUGGCCUAAGGGGGGGAUUGUCCCCAAACAGGGAGUCAGGUGUCACCAUGGUGGGGGGAUUGUCCCCAAACAGGGAGUCAGGUGUCACCUCAGUGGGGGGGAUUGUCCCCAAACAGGGAGUCAGGUGUCACCUUGGUGGGGGGAUUGUCCCCAAACAGGGUGUCAGGUGUCACCUUGGUGGGGGGGAUUGUCCCCAAACAGGGAGUCAGGUGUCACCUUGGUGGGGGGAUUGUCCCCAAACAGGGUGUCAGGUGUCACUUUGGUGGGGGGAUUGUCCCCAAACAGGGAGUCAGGUGUCACCUUGGUGGGGGGGAUUGUCCCCAAACAGGGAGUCAGGUGUCACCUUGGUAGGGGGGAUUGUCCCCAAACAGGGUGUCAGGUGUCACCUUGGUGAGGGGAUUUUCCCCAAACAGGGAGUCAGAUGUCACCUUGGUGGGGGGGAUUGUCCCCAAACAGGGUGUCAGGUGUCACCUCGGGGAAAACUGUCCCCAAAGAGGGUGUCAGGUGUCACCUUGGUGGUGGGGAAUGUCCCCAAACAGGGUGUCAGGUGUCACCUUGGUGGGGGGAUUGUCCCCAAACAGGGUGUCAGGUGUCACCUUGGUGGGGAGGAUUGUCCCCAAACAGGGUGUCAGCUGUCACCUUGGUGGGGGGGAUUGUCCCCAAACAGGGUGUCAGCUGUCACCUUGGUGGGGGGAUUGUCCCCAAACAGGGAGUCAGGUGUCACCUUGGUUGGGGGGAUUGUCCCCAAACAGGGAGUCAGCUGUCACCUUGGUGAGGGGAUUUUCCCCAAACAGGGAGUCAAGUGUCACCUUGGUGGGGGGAUUGUCCCCAAACAGGGAGUCAGGUGUCACCUUGGUUGGGGGGAUUGUCCCCAAACAGGGAGUCAGCUGUCACCUUGCUGGGGGGAUUGUCCCCAAACAGGGAGUCAGCUGUCACCUUGGUGAGGGGAUUUUCCCCAAACAGGGUGUCAGGUGUCACCUUGGUGGGGGGAUUGUCCCCAAACAGGGAGUCAGGUGUCACCUCGGGGAAAACUGUCCCCAAACAGGCCACGGGGCCGGCGCCCCUGCAUUCGCUUCUCAUUCUGGGGGUGCCUGCAGGGGGGAAGGCGGGGCGCACCCCAAAAACUCGCUUCCCUAAACAGCUGCUAAGCACGCGGGGGGGGGGUAGCUGGCCACGGAACCCCACAUUAAGAACCGCCACCCCCUCUAGAAAGCUGGGGGUCCCCCCCUGUCCCCGUCCCCCUCUUCCCCCGCAGGGGGACGCCCCCAGUCUGUCUGUCUGUCUGUCUGCGCAUGUCUGUGUUUGCACCCGGCACCAAUCAAGGACCUCGGCCCCUUCCCCCUCCCCGCCUUCCCGGCAAUUGUGACGUCACAGCCCCGCAGGCCAGGCACGCUGGGGUUGCCAUGGCAACCGGAAACAAGCGGAGCGCGGCAGCG